AUGAUUCAAAUCAACCUAGGCAAGGCCAAAGCAGCCACAGACAUCCUUCUUCCAACAGCAAUAAAAUUAAAAACAGAUAUCAUUGCCUUGCAAGAACCGCACCAAAACAAUUGUCAGAUUAAAGGCCUAACCAACUCCUGGCCAUUGUUCAGCUCAAUCAACAGGAAAGCCGCAAUAGCCAUCACUAAUCCAGUCAUCAAUAUAGCAUUAAUAGAAAUAAAAACGAAUACCGUAGCAAUUAAAAUCCAAACAUCACCUCUUCCAACAACAGUAAUCUCUGCAUACUCAUCCCCAGCCUCCAAUAUUCAAGAAACCCUAGAAGAAAUUCAAGAAAUAAUCAACGCCUUGCCUAGGGAACAACUAAUCAUAGCAGCAGAUCUAAAUGGGCACAACAACCUCUGGGGUUAUGAACAUAAUGACCUCAGAGGUAACCAAAUCUUAGAUUUCGCCUUGGCCAACAGCCUCUUCAUUGUAAACAAGCAGGACGCUCCACCUACAUUCCAGCACUGCGGAACAAGAGGAUGGCCAGACCUCACCUUUUGCAGCCAGAAUCUAAUCAAUUCGAUAGCCAAAUGGGCAGUCCUGGAAGAACCGUCCCUCAGUGACCACAAAUAUAUAGAAACAACAAUAGCCUCAAGCCACUUGUCCUCCACAAUAACUAGAUUCAAAACUAAAUAUGGUAAUCACAAGAAAGUGUUAAAAUCCCUCCAACCAAGCGUCAGUCAAAUUAUGCAAGCAAUCAACAAUAGUACCACCCACCAACAACUCAACGAAGCCACCACCCUACACCAAAACCAAAUAAUAGCUGCUUGCAAAAAAUACCUACAAACUAAAAAAUCGGAAACAACUGCAACAACCCAACUGGUUCACCAGCAAACUGGAAAUACAAAAAAACAGGCUUAA